AUGGCAUUGAACAUCCUUGUUAUUGGUAACGGUGGUCGUGAACACGCCAUUACAUGGAGAUUAGCCCAAUCAGAAACCGUUGGUCAAAUCUAUGUUGCACCUGGAAAUGGAGGUACUGCUUGUUCUUCAAAAGUAACCAAUGUUCCUGAAUUAUCUAGUUCUCCUAAGGACUUUGAGAAACUCGCUCAAUUUGCCCUUGAAAAGAAUGUUGGAUUGGUUGUACCUGGACCUGAACAGCCAUUGGUUGAUGGAAUUGCAAGUUUUUUCACUAAAGUUGGUAUUCCAGUUUUUGGACCCUCAGCAAAGGCUGCUAUUAUGGAAGGCUCUAAGGCAUUUUCUAAAGUAUUCAUGGAUAAGCAUGAUAUCCCCACAGCCAGAUUUGCUAACUUCACCAAUGUUGAUGAUGCUAGAAAACAUAUCGAAGCAAUUGACUACAAAAUCGUUUUAAAGGCUGAUGGAAUCGCUGCCGGAAAGGGGGUUCUUAUUCCUGAAACCAAGGAAGAAGCCUUAGCAGGUUUGGAUGAAAUUAUGGUAACUAAGGCCUUUGGUAAUGCAGGUGAUGAAAUUGUCAUUGAAGAAUUUUUGGAAGGUGAUGAAUUAUCAAUUUUAACUAUCACUGAUGGUUACUCUUUCUUCAACUUGCCUGCUGCUCAAGACCAUAAGCGUAUUAGUGAUGGUGAUAAGGGCUUGAACACUGGUGGUAUGGGUGCCUAUGCUCCUGCUCCAAUUGCUACUCCUGAAGUAUUGAAGAAGAUUGACGAUCAAAUCAUUAAGCCUACCAUUGAUGGAAUGAGAAAGGAUGGAUUCCCCAUGUGUGGUAUCUUAUUUACUGGAAUUAUGUUGAGCCCUUCUAAAGAACCUAAGGUUUUAGAAUAUAACGUUAGAUUUGGUGAUCCAGAAACCCAAACUGUUUUACCAUUAUUGUCCAAGGAUACUGAUUUAGCCCAAGUCAUGUUGGCUGCUGCUGAGCACCGUUUGGACUCAGUUGUUGUUGCUACUACCCCUAAUAUGUUUUCUACAACUGUCGUAAUGGCUGCUGGUGGAUACCCUGAAGCUUACAACAAGGGCGAUGAAAUCACUGUUAAGGAACCUCCUCAAGAUGUUUUUAUCUUCCACGCUGGUACUGCUACCAAUAAAGAAGGUAAGACUGUGACUGCUGGUGGUAGAGUGAUUGCAUCUACUGCCAUUGCCACAUCUUUAAGGGAAUCCGUAGAUAAGGCCUACGUCGGGGUUGACCAUGUUGACUUCAAUGGAAAAUACAACAGAAAGGAUAUCGCCCAUCGUGCUUUCAGAGAUAGUACUACUGGCCCCAAGGGAUUCACUUAUGCCGAAGCUGGUGUUUCUGUUGAUAACGGUAACUUGUUGGUUGAACAAAUCAAGGCUAAGGUGAAGUCAACUGCUCGUCCAGGUGCUGAUAGUGAUAUUGGUGGUUUUGGUGGUUUGUUUGACUUGAAGGCUGCUGGUUACAAGACAGACGAAACCCUUUUAGUUGCUGCCACCGAUGGAGUUGGUACCAAAUUGAGAGUUGCCCAAAUCAUGGAUCUUCACGAUACUGUUGGUAUUGACUUAGUUGCUAUGAACGUUAAUGACUUGGUUGUCCAAGGUGCCGAACCAUUGAUCUUUUUAGAUUACUUUGCCUGUGGAAAGUUAGAUAAUGCUGUUGCAGCUAAGUUUGUUUCUGGUGUUGCUGAUGGUUGUAUCCAAGCUGGUUGUGCUUUGGUUGGUGGUGAAACCAGUGAAAUGCCAGGUAUGUACUCUGAAGGACAUUACGAUACUAACGGUACUGCUGUUGGUGCUGUUAACAAACAUAAGAUCUUACCUAAAUUGGAAUCUAUGGCUGUUGGUGAUGUUCUUAUUGGGUUAACAUCAGAUGGAAUUCACUCCAAUGGGUUCUCAUUAGUUAGAUACAUUAUUGAAAAAUCAGGUAUUGACUACAAGUCACCUGCUCCAUGGACCAAUUCAGGUAAAACUAUUGGUGAAGAGAUUUUAGUACCCACUAAGAUCUACGUUAAGCAAUUGUUGAAGCUGAUUAACGAAAAUUUAUUAUUAGGUUUGGCUCACAUCACCGGUGGUGGUUUAGUAGAAAACAUUCCUCGUUGUUUGCCCAAACAUUUGCAGGCCAAGUUGGACCAAUCUCAAUGGGAUAUUCCUGCUAUUUUCAAAUGGUUUGGUACUCAAGGUGAUGUUCCAGUUCAUGACAUGUUGAAGACUUUCAACUUGGGUAUUGGAAUGGUUGUUAUUGUCAAGAAGGAGAAUGUUGAUGCCGUUUUGGCUAAUAUCCGUGCCGAAGGUCAAGAGUGUAAGGUCAUUGGUGAAUUAGUGAGCAGACCAGAAGGUGGCCAUGGCUGUGUUGUUGACAACGUCACUUUGUGA